UGAAAUGGAAACAAGAACAAGGGCUUGCGAUUCCGAUUCCAAUUCAGAUUUGAAUUAUACAGUAUAUUAUAUUGUCGUCGUGUCCUUUUUACGACAAAAACCAAACAAAUGCUCGCAAUCGCAAAGCAACGAUUCGCCAGAGAGGAGGAAUGGUUUUAUUACACGUUUAUAAAAGAGCACGCCUCCAUUUUUCUGGGUCGGAGGUUGUCCUCGCCGGGUUGGUCAAUGCUCAAUCCAAUUAAAUCCAUCCCCAACUCCUAGGUCGUAGAUCCGCCAAUCCUACCAUCCAUCGUGUCGAUUUAUGGGACUCGGCCUCCGCCCGCAAAGAUUCCGUGCGCCUGCUGCUUCUGCUUCCGACAAUCUCUUCGAAACAACUUUCGCAACCAUGAGGACAAGAACGAUUUUCGGGAUCUCAUUGUCCUUGAUCAUCAUCAACAUGGCGGCGAUUAUGGAGCGCGCCGACGAGAAUCUCCUCCCGGCCGUCUACAAAGAAGUCAGCGAGGCAUUCGGCGCGUGGCCGUCCGACCUCGGCUACCUAACGUUUAUCCGAAAUUUCGUGCAGGGGCUGGCGUCGCCGCUCGCCGGAGUAUUAGCCAUAAAUUAUGACCGGCCGCAGGUUCUUGCCGUCGGGAUCCUCUGCUGGGCACUUUCGACUGCGGCCGUUGGAGCCAGCAAGUAUUUCUUCCAAGUCGCGUUUUGGAGAGCGAUAAACGGCUUCGGAUUGGCCAUCGUGAUCCCGGCGCUUCAAUCGUUCAUCGCUGAUAGCUACAUGGACGGCGUGCGCGGGACUGGGUUCGGAUUUCUGAAUCUCGUCGGCACCGUCGGAGGCAUCGGCGGCGGCGCCAUUGCUACUGUCAUGGCCGGCUAUGAUUUCGGCGGCCUCCCGGGAUGGCGAUGCGCCUUUGUGAUGAUGGGAGCUUUGAGUUGCCUUAUCGGGUAUUUGGUUUUCAGAUUCGUCGUGGACCCGAAGAGGAUUAGUGAUACUGGCAAGAUAUCCGAUAGGGAGAAUUUGAUCGAUAACAAAACGACGGUGAAAUCGGCGAACACGAUAUGGCUGGAAUCUUGGAUCGCGAUGAAGACCGUAAUGAAAGUCCCGACCUUUCAGUUCAUCGUUUUGCAGGGGCUCGUCGGGUCUGUCCCGUGGACUGCCAUCGUUUUCAUCACGCUGCGCUACGACAUCUCGAGAUUGAGCUCACCCUCUUUGAUUAAAUUCACAGGAUUCGAUCAUAACAGCGCUGCGACACUAGUUGGCCUCUUCGCCGCAGGCUGCGCUCUGGGCUCGUUCCUCGGAGGGAUAAUCGCCGACGCGCUGUCCCGGAAGUACCCCAACGCCGGGCGGGUCAUGUGUGCGCAAUUCAGCUCAUUCAUGGGCAUCCCGUUCUCACUCUUCCUCGUCCGCGUCAUCCCGCAGGAGGUCGGCAACUACUACACGUACGCGGCAACACUCUUCUUGAUGGGUCUAACCAUCAGCUGGUGCGCGACGGCGACGAACGGGCCGAUGUUCGCGGAGGUGGUGCCCCCGAAACACCGAACGAUGAUCUAUGCAUUCGAUCGCGCGUUCGAGGUGUCGUUCUCUUCGUUUGCUGCGCCGGUUGUCGGCAUUCUGGCAGAGAGGAUCUACGGGUACGACCCGAAGUCGGUGGAUCCGGUGCUGGGGUCGGUGACGGCGGCGCAAGCGCUGUCGAAAGGGCUGUUGUCGAUGAUGGUGGUGCCGUUUGGGCUGUGCUCCAUGUUCUACACUCCUCUGUAUUGGACGUUCAAACAUGACCGAGAGAAUGCCCGAGUAACCAGUAUUAAGGAAACUGAAAUGUUGUAGCUAGUUGUAUUUUUUUAGUGUUUUUUUUUUUUUUUAAGAAAACAUCCCUUUUAACUUUUGAGGAUUUUGAUAUGGAUUUUUGUCUUUAUGAAAAUUUCAAUAUAGAUUGUUGGUUUUGGUUGAUAA